AUGUCAUCAAUCUCCAAUCCUCUAAUAGUCAGCUCGGUCUCGGGGUAUUAUAUGGAUGAGCACACAUAUGAAGAGGAAGCACACAACUCUAGAAUCGCGCAUGUAAUCAAGCGAUUGAACGAAGAUGCAAUACGACCGAAGUUGAUGUUCUCCAAAGCUUGUCAAAAAGGUCAUAUGUUGAAGCGGUUGAUGCAAUCUAACGAUUGUGAAGCUGGUCAAAUGCUCACACCGCCGAAGAUGUCGGCCGUAACAAACUUUCUCAGUAUCGACGGCAUUGAACGAGCGGGCUACACGCUUAUGCCGCACUCGAAUUCGCUCAUUCACCCUGCAGUAAACCUGCUUGAUAUGAUAGGUUUUUCUGCUCCUGACAUCAUACCCGUCCGCCACACGCACAAGUCUUUCAGCCUGUUUCAUCAAAUCAUUGUCCCUUCUCGGGGUAUGAUUAUUGCCUUCGACAACCGCUCUUUGACCUCCAUGGAUAAGACAUGGACGAUUCCUGAGUGUCAGAUUCUAGACGUUCCACAUUGGUCGGAUUUUGCCUAUCUGCAGUGGAAGUCACAGGUUCCAGAGGCUACGGAACUCAAAUGUGUUAUGCGCUAUCUCAUCACUAACAAAGACACUGAAGCGAUCUCCCAAUUGAUCAAUUAUCAACAGGGAACCGAGCUACGACGCUGGCCAGGUAGAACCUACGAUGUCGAAUCCCAAGCGGGUGAAGCACUUUUUGGUUCGGCCAAUGGAAUUGGUGUUGCAUACUUGUUGGCACAACACAAGGAGCAGCUUGGUCACAAGACUGUGUCUCGUAUCACAAUGUUCAGAGGUGAAUGGGAGCCGCUUGUACUCCUUUAUCAUGUUGAGGAUGUAUAG